CGCCGUCCGUGCUGUGGACAAGAGCGUCCUCCUCAUGAAGCCUGAAGCCGAGCUCUCUCCCAGCUCUGUGUAUAACCUGCUACCCGUGAAGGAACUUCAGGGGUAUCAUCAUGGCGCAGACAUGCUGCCGAUGGAUCCCCAGGAGGAGUGCAUUGCCGCAGAGAAGAUAAUUGUGAAUGGAGUCACCUAUGCUCCAGUGUCGGAGCCAGAUGAAGAGGACACUUAUAGCAUCUUAAAGGAAAUGGGUUUAAAGGUCUUCACAAACUCCAAGGUGAGAAAGUCACAUUAUUGCCUCCAGUUCCCUCAAGUUGCUUGGGGUUUACAGAAGUUCUGA